GGUGCAUCUCGAUUCUCGCCUCGCCUUUUUUUUGUCCCGUGCUGUCUCUUCACGGGGGCGCGCCGCCGUGCUCUUCUGCUCACUCCUCCUCCCUUUAGAUUUGGCCCCCGUUUAGCCUAAAUUCCCUUCGGGUUCCAUUCUGAUCUGAUUUGAUGCGUGCUCUCGUCGAAUCAACCGCACGCGCUUCCUUCCCUCUUCUGGGAUUAGAGGAGGGUCCCCGUACUUUGCUCGGGUCCCCGCGCUUUGUCGCGUUGCGAGGUUUUGGGUCAUGCUCAUGCAUGCCUUGGAUUAGAGGAGGACGAGGAUGGUUGUUGUUGGGCCAUGUCGCCGUCGCCUAAUUCGAGCAAGCAGAACAACAAUUCCGUGCUUUGGAGUAGUGCCUAGUUCUACCGAUUUGUUGAUGAUGGAAAAGUGAUGGAAUUACUCGGGGGGUAAACCCGUAAAUGUGCCGGUUGCUUCGGUAAGUUCGGUGAAUGGAUGGUAGAAAUCCUCCUGCAUGCUAGUAGUACCUGGUUCUUAUUUUUAUUUCCUCCCCUUUUUACGGGCUUUGAUUUGAGUUUUUGUGUUGAUUGCAACCGGGAUUUGUGGGGAAAUUUGCUGAGAGGUAAAUGGAAUUUGACUGUGGGGGGAGUGGGUGGUGCGUGGAAAUUCUCUUGCAUGCAAGUCAUUUCGUCAUGUUCUUCCUCUUUCGCUUCAAUUUGCUUGUCCUCUUGCUGCCACUUUCUUCUUUCUCGCAACUAAUCCGGUCAGGACUUGUUGGUGGUGCGAGUGACUCUGCUGUGAGUGCGGAGGGGCAAAAGCUGCGGAGUUUUACUGCCCCCGCUUUUGCUUGGCCUUUCACUGGAAAUAGCCACGGUCCUGCACGGUGAAAAAUUCCGCAGCGGCAUUCGUGGUUCAACCUUCCACAAAUGCUAUGGAACACGGUGCGACGCUACGUGUACCAUGACGUCGUCCGCCUUGGCGACCUGGAGAAACUCAUUGACUGCUCCUAUGUUCAGUCCUACACGAUCAACAGUGCCAAGGUCAUCUUCCUGAAGCCGAGGCCUCAGUCCAGGCCCUUCAAGGGCUCCGGCAACGUCUGCCUGACAUGCGACAGGAUCCUCCAAGAACCCUUCCAUUUCUGCUCCCUCUCUUGUAAGGUGGAUCAUGUCACAAUGCAGGGAGGGGAUCUCUUCAACACCCUGCAGUACUACGGCGGGGUCGGCGGCGGCGGCGCCACAGACCCAGAUCACCUUGCCUUCCCGCAGUUUGAAAACCUCCGCGUCGACGGAUCGGACCUCGACGACGACACUGAUGGCGGGCAGAUCACCCCGAACUCGACCCUUGAGGACCCGACGCAGCACUACGGCAAUGGUGGCGGGGCAUCGAGCGACAACGGUGACACUAGGGCUGUUGUCGUUGCCCGUCGCGGCGAGGCGGGGAAGAGGAAGAAAGGGGGAGGGUUCUUCCCCCAGAUCGUGCUGUCACUUGGCAACAGGAGGAAGGGUGCCCCCCACAGGUCCCCUCUGGCCUAAGCACUUUGUCGAUUUGCCCUGGAGUUCGUUAUCACUGGCUAUAGCUAGUAGUAGUUGCAGUUAUGGUGGUGGUAGUUAUUAGUAGCGUGUUGUAAUAGUCCUAUGAUUAGCUUUGUAGAGAGAGAUCGAUGAGAGAGCUGGUUGGUCGGUCGGUUGGUUGCUUUGGGAGGGUCCUGGCUUUGUGAUCCACCUAGCUAGCUUUGCUAGGGCCAUGGCCAUCUCAAGGCUGUUCUGUUGAUGAGACUUGAGAGAGGGUAGCAAAAAGCAGUUCCCCUGUUACAGGCCUAGGUAGGCACUGGUAAGUGGGGCCCACGUCUGCAGGCCGGGCCCACACAGAGGUGGCUACCAAUUUUGUAUUUGAUGUAACAAGGGUUACUUGCAUACACUUCCACAGCUAUAUAUGAAUGUUCCCCGGACUAUGUUAUUAACAAUGUACAUUA